AUGGCUUCAAUGACUUCUGAGGAAGCAUACAAGACGCAUCGCGUUCUUAUCUACUCGAUUGUUCUCAUUUUCGAAGUGUUCGGACUGUUUGGUAAUGUGAAUUUGGUCUUUGUGAUUGCCAGGAACAAGAUUUUGCAGUCAAAGUUUGGUGGGUAAAACACAGCGCUCAAAUCGUGUACUAUUAAUUUUCAGGUCUCAUUCUGGCGUCCCUGGCAACUUUCCACACGGUUUGUCUGUUGUGUGAACUCAUAAAUUUGGGAUACGGAGUCGCAGGUACGGUACCCUUUUUCCAGAAGCGCUCUCAGAUCUUCUUCCCUCGUUCCAGCCACAUUCUACUCCUUCCACAUCUUCCGAAGCGUUUGCUUCCACUCCACUUUCCCCGUAAUUCUUGCCCAUUGCCUCCAAACCGGCACCAUCUGCGUGCUCUCCUUCGACCUCUUUCUCUCUAUUCUGACUCCCAUCAAGUACAGACGCUUUGACAUUUCCUGGUACUUUCCCCUCCUCUACUUUCUCCCUGUCUGCUAUGGUUUCGGGAUCACACUAACCGCCAAGAUCCUUCUAGACGACAAGGAGAUUCCGGUAGGCUCUGCUCUGGCGGGCGGGCUUCCGAGCUUCGAAAGUAUCGGUUUCAGAUGUGCAAUCCACCGUCUUCGAUGGUUCCAUCUGUAAGCAAGUGGUGGUAUCAGCUCAUGUUCUUUUUCGCCUUCAUCACAAUCUUUUUCUACUCCUCUGCUUUCGGAUUGCUCUCGUGGAAAGGUUUGUUUGGGCGGUUUGUGGAGAACAGAGAACGGGCAGUUAUCGAAAACAAGAGUGAUUUCCUUUCUUGUUCGGUGUCUGACGUAUCAGAUCAGAAAAAGGGUGAACAGUCGAGGUCUAAGGGGUUUUUACUCGAUUUAGUAUACAAAAAGGUCUCAUUCCAGUACGUCACAAGUCAGUGGACAUCCAUCUGAUCGAGCGAAGAGCCAUGCGUACUCUCCAAGUGCUCAUUGUCUUUUUCCUGCUCACCCGAUUCAUUUCCACCGGCGUCGCUACAAUGGUCACUUUCCUGAAGGUGAACUCAGAGUACGCGUCUCUCGUGCAAAAUUACAAUGUGAGUCUGUGAGUCAUCUCAAAAUCACGUGUUUUGAAUUGCGUAGAUCAGGACGUGAUUGAGUUAGAAUUUUCAAGGAAAGGAAAAGGAAGUAAAUUGGCGGAAAGUGAGAGUUGUUUUGCAAGAGAACGAUUGAAACGGAAAUCCUUUUCAGGUGAUACCGGCGAUGGCGGCGUACUCGCAGAACGCCUACGUUUGCUUCUUCCGGAGCAAAGAGUACCGUCGGUUGCUCACCGAGCAAAUGGCUCUGUACAUUCCGUUCGUGGAGAGUUCGCAGAGUCUGAAGCAAGUGGAGAGGAGCACAACGAAGCACUUUUUGAAUAACUGUGAUACUUCGCGGAAUUCGGCACGAUUCUGA